GCCAACUCAAAGUUGCCUUGUUGGUCAUGCCAGCGAGCCUAGGUUCUCAGCUGUACAAUGCUGCGUGCGAUGGUCGCACCAACGACGUCCAGCGCCUGCUCAAGGAAGGCGCUGAUGUCCACUGGGCCAACGAGAACGGGGUGACGGCGCUCUUUAUUGCUGCAUACAACGGGCACGACGCCGUCGUCAAGACGCUCCUCGGUGCCAACGCAGCUGUGAAUGAAGCUGUCAGCAAUGGAUGGACGCCGCUCUAUAUUGCUGCGGGCAACGGGCACGACGCCGUCGUCAAGACGCUCCUCGAUGCCAACGCAGCUGUGGAUCAAGCGGACAGCGAUGGAGCGACGCCACUCAUGAUUGCGACGUUAUGCGGCCAUCUCGAAGCAACUAAACGUCUUCUCGAUGCCGGCGCGGACGUGAAUCGGAGUCUUCAAGUCAAUGACAGUUAUGAAGGCCAAAACAUCUUGGCGGGUGCAACGCCGCUUCUACUGGCCGUCCAGUUUGGCCACAUUGAUGUGACUCGGGCUUUGCUGCGUCAUCAUCCCAACCUCCCAGCCACCGAUGCUGACGGCAACACGGCCCUUGCGAUGGCCACGCAGCGUGGGCACACGACUAUCGUGCGCCUCCUGCAAGAGCACGCCAGCAACACCCCAAGUGCUCCACCAACGCCACCAGUCCCAGCAACUUCCAAGGCGAAGGAGACGGAGCUCAUGCAAGCCGUGGUUGCAGGCAAUGUUGCUGUCACCACAGCACUGUUGGAUCAAGGCGUUGAUUCUCGCGUCACGAAUGAGCAUGUCGAUGGUCUACUUCACCUUGCAGUGCGCCAUGGCCACACGCAGCUGCUCCAGAUGCUCUUGCGCCGCCCCGACGUGUCAUCGGUCGACUGCAAUAACGAUGGCGAGACGCCACUGGUGUUAGCGAUCAAGCUGCGCCACCGCCGGUUCCCACACCAAAUUUACAACGUCGUUCACCAAAUCGCCGACGAUGUGCCCGAGACUGCGAUUCAGAUCAAUGCAAACGCUCUCCUCGGCGACGGCGGCUUUGGCUACGUGCACAAAGGCAUGUACAAGAACGAGCUUGUCGCAGUCAAGUCGGCUAAAUACGCGGCCGGCGCCAAUGACCUUUACGCCGAAAUCAAUGUCAUGCAAACGUGCAACUCGCCGUACUUGCUGGAGCUCAAGGCGUGCGGCGAGGAGCUUUUGGACGACGCUGAGAAGCUGCGUAUCCUCUCCCGUCGCUUUGAUCUUGCGACCAACGCGGCGUGAGCUUCAGUGUCCAUAGCGUCUUUGUCAUUUCAUUUUACGUCCGGC